AUGAAAUGAUAAAAAAUUUUUUAAAGCACCAUCCUCUUCUCCUGUCCAAAAGGUCCUGCAAAUUUUAUUUGUCAAAGCAUGCACGCCUAUGUAAAAGCACUGGUGUAGGCAUUUGACAAUGACCCUAAAUUCGGCACCACAAUCAAGCUUACAAGUUACCGCAGGUGACGAAAUGCACGGACCUCUUGACCGGCCAAUUCGAUCAAGUAUGGAGAAACAGGACCUAGAAAGCACUGAUGACGAAAAGAAGUCUAAGCGCCAUUCUUUUAAGCAGAAGGCAAUCAGUGCCUCUAAGAAGUUCAGAUCGCUCACCAAGAAGGGAAGGAGGAACAGCAGAGUCAUGUCUGUUGUUGAAGAUAUCCAUGAUGCAGAGGAAUUGAAGGCAGUUGAUGCUUUACGUCAAGCUUUGAUCUUGGAGGAACUACUACCCGAAAAGCAUGAUGAUUAUCAUACCAUGUUAAGAUUUUUAAAGGCCAGGAAAUUUGAUAUUGAGAAGACCAAACAAAUGUGGGCUGAUAUGCUCCAGUGGAGGAAAGAUUUUGGUGCAGAUACCAUCAUGGAGGAUUUUGAUUUUGAAGAAAAGGAAAGUGUCAUCGAGUAUUAUCCACAUGGACAUCAUGGGGUUGAUAAGGAUGGAAGACCAGUAUACAUUGAGAGACUUGGUCAGGUUGAUGCUACCAAGCUUUUGCAAGCUACAACCCUUGAGCGUUAUAUCAAGUAUCACGUAAUGGAGUUUGAAAGGACCUUUAGUGAUAAGUUUCCGGCCUGCUCAAUUGCUGCUAAAAAACAUGUUGAUCAAAGCACCACUAUUCUUGAUGUACAUGGAGUGGGACUAAAAAGCAUGAACAAAGCUGCUAGGGAGCUUAUCCAAAGUCUCCAGAGUAUAGAUGGUAACAACUAUCCUGAGACUCUGUGUUGCAUGUACAUUAUCAAUGCUGGAUCUGGCUUUAGGAUUUUGUGGAACACAGUGAAAUCUUUUCUUGACCCAAAGACUACAGCCAAGAUUCAUGUUUUGGGCAAUAAAUACCAGAGCAAGCUUUUGGAAAUGAUCGAUGCCAGUGAACUUCCAGAAUUCUUGGGUGGUACUUGCACCUGUACAGAUAAAGGUGGUUGCAUGCGCUCUGAUAGAGGUCCAUGGCAAGAUCCAGAUAUCAUGAAGAUGGUCCAUGACGGUGAACACAUAUGUUCGAAGCAUGCAGUUCCAGAAGAGAAGAUCAUUUCUGAGGAUCAGUCUGCUAACAAGGCUUCUUUCAAGUUGGAUGAUGAAUCUUCCAAAAAGCAGAAGGAGCACAUCAAGCAGGCACAACUACCUCCUCUUCGUGAAGACGAUCCAACGAACAAUAACAAUCCUAGCGCAAAUGAGCCCAUGAUUGACAAGGCUGUCGAUGCAACUUCUUGUAAAUCAGAGCAGAAGCUUCUCGUUAGCAAAGAUACUGAUGCUUGUAAGCAAGUUUGUUCUAGUAAGCUAGUCAACCGCCUGCUAACAUUCUUUAUGGCCUUGAUGAUGGGAGUUAUGACUGUGCUUCGUGUGACCAGUAGUAUGCCCAGAAAGCUUACAAAUGCCACUCUUUAUUCCACUGGUUUUUUAGAAGCUAAUAUUCUUAAAAAGAAGAAGCAAGCAUCCACAAUCUCCACCACCGAGUACCUAACCUUGAUGAACCGUUUAGCGGACUUGGAGGAAAAGGUGAUUGUCCUAAACAGUCGACCAUCCGAGCUGUCCCCUGACAAAGAAGAGAUGCUUAAUAACGUUUUGAGUCGUCUUAGCACCUUGGAAACAGAGCUUGCUGCUACCAAGAAGGCUCUUAAUGAUUCUCUUACUCAACAAAAAGAGCUCAUGGCGUACCUAGAGAAGCAAAAGAGAAGAAGGAAGAGGAAGUUCUUUGUUUUUUGAACUGCAUAUAUAUGCACCAAAUAAUAUACCACAUAAUACUCGCUAAGGAAACAAAAAAAAAAAAAGUUGCUAUGUGCAUAAAAUCUCUAAGUCUAGAUGACUUAA